AUGAGGCAAAAUGGAUUUGACGUUUCCCAGAUUCGAAUUGUUGUAUCUGUUCAGCCUAGGGUGUUGCUCUGUAGAGUUGAUAAAACCCUAAAACCUAACAUUGAUCAUUUUUUGAAAAUUGGGUUUUCGAAACCCGAUUUCUUUGAGGUUGUUUCUGUUAAUCCUUAUGUAUUAUUCAAUUGUCACCCUCAAUUUGUUAGGGCAACUGAAGCUUUGAAGGAUGUUAUGGAGCUGAAAAAUAUUUGGGUAUUCCUUUGUGAUUCGUCGAGGUUCUUGGAUGGAGUUCAUUUGAUGGCUUCCUUUGGUGAAAAGAAUAUUGAAUCAAAGAUUAGAAUGUUUGAGAACUUUGGGUGUAUGAGAUCAGAUGUUUUAGCCCUCGGUAGGAAAAAUCCAAUGUUGUUGGGGUUGUCUGAAGCUAGGAUCAAGAGGUCAUUGGAAUAUCUGAUGAAGGAACUGGGUUUUAGCCCUGAUUAUGUGAUGUCUCAUGGUGCAUUGUUAAGUUAUAGUCUGGAAAAAAGAAUAAUACCACGAAUUAGAGUCCUCUUGGCUCUGAAAGAGAAAGGUUUGAUUAAAAAGGAUCACGCUCCAUAUACUAUUUUAAACCGGUCAGAGCCACACUUCUUGAACAGGUAUGUGCUUCCAUUUGAGGAAAUCCGUGAAGUUUAUGCUAAAGAAUUAGCUAAACUUACAGAUCGUUCUUCUAUGAAACCUUCAAAUGAAGGAAGAGCGGGUGACGACAAGCCCUGA